AUUUCAGUUAAGUUCUGUUAGCGAAAAAUAUAUUUAUUCCGGUUUUUUUCUUUAGGUUAUUUUGUGUCUUACUGCUGAGCAAGUGCAUGCUCCUGCCAGUUAUUAUAAAAUGCGUCGUUGUCAUCCCGCCAUCUUUUUUGAAACUUAGGUUAUCAUUCAAAGUAAAUAUUCAACUAAUCAAACCUAUUAGAGCCACUAUAACUACGAGUACGAAAGUGACUUAAGUAAAAACAAAUAACUAAGAAUAACAAAUAAAUUGGUUAAGAGGAAACGGGACGAUCGAUUCUCCAUACAAACGUAGUCCUCAUUUUCCUCCCUGGAUAUUGACAUAAUGGAAAAUAAUUUUACACAAUUUGUUGUAGGCAUUUUAGGCAUAGCUAUGCCCGACCGUUUGAUUUUUUCGUUUUUUUUAAAUUAUUAUAAAAGUUAGGAGCGAAAAACAGGUUUCAUACAAUUUUUUUAAUGCUCAUAACUCUUACAGCGCGGCUUACGUGGGCGAUGACUCUCGAAUGCGACGCGGCGCGGCGCGGCCGCCCAACGGCAUUCGGAGAUUGCCCACGUAGGACACUUCCACCAUAGGUAUCAAAGGAUUGAAUUCCCCCGCGCCGCGCCGCGACGCUUCGCGUUCGCGUGUUAUUCGCUGAGAUAAGACACUGCCUUAUAAUAUUGAAAAAAUACAAACGGUCGGGCAUAGCUAUGAUUAAAACACAUCAAAUGGUGUAAAAAUAUUUUCAAUAAUGUCUAUAUCGAGAGAGGAAAAUGGGGACUGCGUUUGUAUGGGAAGGCGGUUUUGGUGCGGCCGUCCCCUUUCGUCUUAAGUGGCAUGCGCGCGUUAUAAAUUGAGUGAUAAUAUCCUUGAGUUGCGAAGAAUAAGUGGUUGAUAUUAUAUUAAGAAGGCACUUUUCCACUUAAAGGGUCGCCCGCAUGAAGGAAUAAAAUUUAUCGCCAGCUUUAGCAGGUUUCAGUGUCCACUCAGCCGGCGACAUGCGUGUGGUGAAACUGUUGGCAGUCCACGUCGCUUUAAUGGCUGUUCAGGCCUCCGACUUCUAUCAUAACUGCAAUGUGCCCAAGAUUACAAUUCCCGGUGCAAGUGAUACCGGAAAUAUCUUUUAUAUGCUGGAACAGGAAGAACCUUUUGAAGUCUACUGUUCGAGCGACACUAAUCAACUCGUAUUUACUGGACCCGCUUACAGAGAUGAAAGUGGUGAAACCGUUGUCAAUGCGACGACUGUUAAAACUAUGCUGGACCCUGGAUCAAGUGAACUGCUUCUCAAAUGCACUAAAAGUAUGGGUUGCACUGAUUUUGCAGUAAUUUUCUUCAUCCGUAAAAACAAUAUAACAGAUUUUCACUGUUUUUCAACCAAUUUUGUAUCCCUGAACUGUUCGUGGAGCACCAAUUCAAGAAACAACAAUUACACGCUUUCAGUGACAUCAUCCGAGGAAGAAAAUGUUAUUUCAAGAAUAUGCACAGGUACAAUAGGUUUUAGAUAUUACUAUUCUUGUUAUUGGGAUUUAACAACGAUCCUAAAAACAUCGAAGUUAUCAAAUUUACAGGUGCCUAUAAAAUUGCAAAUGUGCAAUGAGGUUGAUUGCAUUGACAAAAUGCUGGAAGUACAACUCAUAUCCACUACGAAACUGAACGCUCCCGAAAUUUUAGAAAUACAAGCAGACGGUAGAGGUGCCUCCAUGACAUGGCAAAUUUCUUUCAACGAGCCGUUGUUCCACGCCAUAGAAAUAUACUAUAAAGUUGAGUAUUGGUUUACGGGCAUAGAACCACGUGUUAUUAUUUCAAACACUAUUACGAAUGAUUUUCCGCUGUACCGCACUCAGGUAACAAAUCGAUUCAAGUUACCAUGUCCCGAAAAACACUACAACAUGAGAGUAUCAGCUAGACUCACUGGAGCUGCCCCGGAGUACAUGUCAGACUUUGGCUUUGGUUCAGUUCGCACGGGCCCCGAGCUCGCGGCGACGGCGUUGGACUCAAUAUGUGCCAUCACACCAGAAGAAAGCCUAUGUGGUGCUAAGAAAAGAAGCCCUCUUCAAAUUCUUCGAGCUGUAGGAAUGCAAAAUUUUUGGGAGACGAUUUAAGGUAAAAAAUAAAAGACACGUGCAAUCCCCUAUUUAUUAAAGCAGUCAAUUUUAAUGUGUGUCCAUUUCCAGGGAUAUACUAAAUAGGAUUGGCAUAAGAUUAAACUAUAAAAGCGCAUAUCGUACCUAUAUUUACUUUGCAUUAUAUUGUUACGAAUAAUUUAAUAAUAAUAAAGGUCCACCGGUUCCACUCUCUGCGGCCCUAACCACCGGCAGCUUGGGCCCUGCCCCGCUGAUGGCGGCACUUGUAAUGUAUUUGUAUGAUUUUUUGUAUUUUAUUUUUAUAUUCAUAUUAUAAAAUGCCUAACCUGAGAUGAGAAAUAAAUAAAUGGUUUAUACUAAAGGUAAUACCUUU